AUGAAGGAUUUGGAGGCCAUGUUGGAAAUGGAACUACCGGACUACACCGAAACGCUGGACGCCAGUUACACCAUGCUGGAAUUCGACAGUAUCCGGGUGCUGCCCUCCAAUACCGAGAUGAUUGCGGUGGAGUCGGCGAGCCCGGGCGUGCUCAGCAAUGGCGUCGGAUCGUACUGCUCCAUCUGCGGGGACCGCGCCACCGGAAAGCACUACGGCGCCUCCAGCUGCGACGGCUGCAAAGGGUUCUUCCGGAGGAGCGUGCGCAAGAAUCACAUGUACGCCUGCAGGUUCAGCCGGCAAUGCGUUGUGGACAAAGACAAGAGGAACCAAUGCCGCUACUGCCGGCUGCGCAAAUGUUUUCGAGCGGGAAUGAAGAAAGAGGCAGUGCAGAAUGAGCGGGACCGGAUCAGCAUGCGCAGGAACAGCUACGAGGACAACGGAUCCCUAUCCAUCAGUAUUUUGACACAGGCGGAAGCCAUGACGCAUCAGUUUUCUCCUCUCAGCCCCGCCCACAUCGGUGACAUCGCCAUGAAGAAAGUCGCGACCAUCGGUGACGUCUGCGAGUCGAUGAAGCAACAGCUCCUCCUGCUGGUGGAGUGGGCGAAGCACAUCCCGGCCUUCUGCGAGCUGCCUCUGGAUGACCAGGUGGCGCUACUACGAGCACACGCCGGGGCCCAUCUCCUCCUGGGGGUCGCCAAACGCUCCCUUCCGUACAAAGACUUCCUGCUGCUCGGCAACGACUUCAUCAUCCCCAUGCAGUGCCCGGAGCUGGAGAUCGCCCGCGUGGCGGUGCGAAUACUGGACGAGCUGGUGAAACCGCUGCGGGAGAUCCAGAUCGACGAGAACGAGUACGCCUGCCUGAAAGCCGUCAUCUUCUUUGACCCCGAUUGCAAGGGACUGAUGGACGCCAGCAAAGUGAAGAACAUGCGUUUCCAGGUGCAGGUGAACCUGGAGGAUUACAUCAACGACCGUCAGUACGACUCGCGGGGGCGGUUCAGCGACAUCCUCCUCCUCCUCCCGCCCCUGCAGAGCAUCACCUGGCAAAUGAUCGAGCAGGUCCAAUUCGCCAAGCUCCUCGGGAUGGCCAAGAUCGACAGCCUGCUGCAGGAGAUGCUGCUGGGAGGAGCCGCCAUGGACGGGGCCCAUUACCUGCACUCAGCUGCACCCAGCCUGGGCCUGGACAUAAUUCCCGGUCACUUUAGUCAUUUUUUUCUUUCUUCAGCUUCUCCAAAAACCUCCGUAUCCUCCCCUCCGGGCAGCGCCGGGAACGACGAUUAUAAGAUCGGCGCCCCCACCGUAGGCUCCGCCCCCCUCGUGCCGCGCACCGUCAUCGCCAAGAAAGAGGCUCUAUAG